GCCCCUGCUGCAGGAGCAGCCUCAGCAGCAGGUGGGGGGCCGGAGGCGGCGCUGGUGGUGGCGGCGGCGGCCGUGGCCCGGCGGCCUGGGACAGAGUCAGAGUCGACGGUGGCAGCGGCGGCGGCGGUGGCUGCCCCGGCGGUGGCGACGGCCGCGGGGACUCGGAGCUGAGAGGAGCUACUGCUCGGACCAGCGCGGUUAUAUUUCACACUAUGUGCUGACUGUAUUUACAGAAGAUAUUUAAAAAAAAAAAAAAACUUUUUUCAAAGAUUUUGAUUCCAGUGGAAUCUUUGCUUUAGAUUUUGUGUGUGUGUGAGUAAAUUGUAACUCCAGAACAAUGCCUGUACAAGCUCCACAGUGGACAGAUUUCCUCUCCUGCCCAAUUUGCACUCAGACUUUUGACGAAACAAUUCGAAAGCCCAUCAGUUUGGGUUGUGGCCAUACUGUCUGCAAGAUGUGCCUGAACAAACUCCACCGCAAGGCUUGCCCAUUUGACCAGACCACUAUCAAUACAGACAUUGAACUCCUCCCAGUGAACUCAGCAUUGCUGCAGCUAGUGGGUGCUCAGGUUCCUGAGCAGCAGCCCAUUACUUUGUGUAGUGGGGUUGAAGAUACAAAGCAUUAUGAGGAAGCCAAGAAAUGUGUAGAAGAAUUAGCACUGUACCUGAAACCACUCAGCAGUGCUAGAGGAGUGGGUCUGAAUAGUACUACUCAGAGUGUCCUGAGUCGCCCAAUGCAGAGGAAGCUAGUGACGCUGGUCCACUGCCAACUAGUGGAAGAAGAAGGCCGGAUUCGUGCCAUGAGGGCAGCUCGAUCUUUAGGUGAACGAACAGUUACAGAGCUCAUUCUCCAACACCAGAAUCCUCAGCAACUCUCUUCCAAUCUUUGGGCAGCAGUCAGAGCUAGAGGCUGCCAGUUCCUUGGACCAGCAAUGCAGGAGGAAGCCCUAAAGCUGGUUCUCCUGGCCUUAGAAGAUGGUUCUGCUUUGUCUAGAAAAGUAUUGGUUCUCUUUGUGGUGCAAAGAUUGGAGCCACGGUUUCCUCAAGCCUCUAAAACUAGCAUUGGGCAUGUUGUCCAGCUCCUUUAUAGAGCCUCCUGCUUCAAGGUCACCAAACGUGAUGAAGACUCUUCUUUGAUGCAGCUGAAAGAAGAAUUUAGAACCUAUGAAGCUCUGCGGCGAGAACAUGACUCCCAGAUAGUGCAGAUUGCUAUGGAAGCAGGCUUACGAAUUGCACCAGACCAGUGGUCCUCUUUGCUGUAUGGGGACCAAUCUCACAAAUCUCAUAUGCAGUCCAUUAUUGACAAGUUGCAGACCCCAGCCUCUUUUGCACAAAGCGUUCAGGAACUAACAAUUGCUCUCCAGCGGACUGGAGAUCCAGCAAACUUGAAUCGACUAAGACCCCAUUUGGAGCUAUUAGCAAACAUUGACCCUAGUCCAGAUGCUCCUCCUCCUACUUGGGAACAGCUCGAAAAUGGGUUGGUUGCUGUGCGUACAGUGGUACAUGGGCUGGUUGAUUAUAUCCAGAACCACAGCAAAAAAGGAGCGGAUCAACAGCAGCCUCCGCAGCAUAGCAAAUAUAAAACAUACAUGUGUCGAGACAUGAAGCAGAGAGGAGGAUGCCCUCGGGGGGCCAGCUGUACAUUUGCACACUCACAGGAGGAACUGGAAAAAUUUCGUAAAAUGAACAAACGCCUGGUUCCCAGGAGACCCCUGAGUGCCUCUUUGGGUCAACUUAAUGAGGUGGGCCUGCCUUCAACAGCUAUCCUUCCCGAAGAAGGGGCAGUGGAUCUGCCUAGCAGAAAAACCCCUGCUCUGCCGAAUGGGAUUGUAUCAGCAGGGAAUACAGUAACACAACUGAUUCCACGAGGGACAGACCCCAGCUACGAUUCCAGUCUGAAACCAGGAAAGAUCGAUCACCUGAGCAGUAGUGCCCCUGGGUCCCCUCCUGACCUGCUAGAAUCGGUCCCUAAGAGUAUUUCUGCCUUGCCUGUUAAUCCACAUCCUGUACCUCCAAGAGGACCAACAGAGCUGCCCCCUAUGCCUGUCACUAAACCUCUUCAGAUGGUGCCGCGAGGUUCUCAGCUCUAUCCAGCACAGCAGGCUGAUGUUUAUUACCAGGAUCCUCGAGGAGCCGCUCCGCCGUUUGAACCAGCACCUUAUCAGCAGGGUGUGUACUACCCUCCACCACCGCAGUGUGUGUCCCGGUUUGUCCGACCUCCACCAUCUGCCCCCGAACCUGGUGCUCCCUACUUGGAUCAUUACCCGCCAUACCUGCAAGAUCGUGUAGUGAACUCACAGUAUGGCACACAGCCACAACAGUACCCACCUAUGUACCCACCACACUAUGACGGCCGUCGAGUAUACCCUGCUCAGUCUUACGCAAGAGAGGAGAUGUUCCGAGAAAGUCCCAUACCCAUUGAGAUUCCACCUGCAGCAGUGCCACCCUAUGUACCAGAACCCAGAGAGAGAUACCAACAAAUGGAGGGUUACUAUCCAGUGGCUCCACACCCAACUCAGAUCAGACCUUCGUACAACAGAGAGCCUCCAUACAGUCGGCUUCCGCCUCCUCCCCAGCCCCAUCCUAGUCUAGAUGAGCUACAUCGAAGACGAAAGGAAAUAAUGGCACAGCUAGAAGAAAGGAAGGUGAUCUCUCCACCUCCUUUUGCACCUUCACCAACAUUGCCUCCUGCCUUCCAUCAAGAGGAAUUUUUGGAUGAAGACUUGAAGGUAGCUGGGAAAUACAAAGGAAAUGAUUAUAGCCAGUACUCACCCUGGUCAUGUGACACUAUUGGCUCCUACAUUGGAACCAAAGAUGCAAAACCUAAAGAUGUUGUGGCAGCAGGGAGCGUGGAAAUGAUGAAUGUGGAGAGUAAAGGAAUUAGAGACCAGCGAUUGGACCUUCAGAGAAGAGCAGCAGAAACCAGUGAUGAUGAUCUCAUCCCAUUUGGAGACCGACCAACAGUAUCUCGGUUUGGUGCCAUUUCUCGAACUUCCAAAACGAUAUAUCAGGGUGCUGGCCCAAUGCAGGCUAUGACACCUCAGGGAGCUCCCACAAAAUCUAUUAACAUUUCAGAUUAUGGUCCAUAUGGAACCCAUGGUGGCUGGGGAGGUUCUGCAUAUUCACCUCAUCAAAACAUACCUUCUCAGGGACACUUCAGUGAGAGGGAGAGAAUAUCUAUGUCAGAAGUGGCUAGUCAUGGGAAACCCCUUCCGUCUGCUGAGCGGGAACAGCUACGACUGGAAUUACAGCAGCUAAACCAUCAAAUUAGCCAACAGACCCAGCUACGUGGACUAGAGAGGGAGGCGAGCACCCUGGCAGGCCAGUCGCAGCCCCCGCCACCACCCCCUCCAAAAUGGCCUGGAAUGGUCUCAAGUGAGCAGCUGAGCUUGGAACUGCACCAGGUGGAAAGGGAAAUUGGGAAGAGAACCCGGGAACUGAGUAUGGAGAACCAGUGUCCUCUGGACAUGAAAAGCAAAUUGAGUACAAGUAAGCAAGCAGAAAAUGGACAACCAGAACCACAAAAUAAGGUUCCAGCUGAGGACCUUACGUUGACAUUCAGUGACGUGCCUAAUGGAUCAGCAUUGACACAAGAGAAUAUCAGCCUCCUGUCCAACAAGACCAGCUCUCUGAACCUGUCAGAGGACCCUGAGGGAGGAGGGGACAAUAAUGACUCCCAGAGAUCAGGAGUUACAUCCAGUUCUACUCCCUAAAAUAUGAGGAGUCUUACUUUUAUCUCCUGCUCCUAACCAAUUUGUCGGGCAUAGGGGUAGGAGAACAGAUAACUUCUAAACCUUUCUCUGAGAGUGGUCAGAGAAAUCCAGGAAAAGCACCGGAGGCAAUGUGCACAAACACCACUACUAAAAAUAAACCCUGCACAUAGUUCAUAUUAAUGCAUUUUUUAAUUUAAAGAAAAAGAAAAUUAGCAGUAUCUGCAAGCAAUUCAGAUUAAAUUUGUUUUUGUUCUGUGAAUGAACUUUAUUUUAAUAACUUUGGACGCCUUGGAUCCAGGGCUUUAAAAAAAAAAGAAGAUAUUAUAUAUACACUCUGUUUGAUUAAUUGUAUGAUCUUAAUGAAGUAGGUUUUUCUUGUAUUUUGGUAUUAUUACAUACCCAGUGUAUAAUUCCGUACCCCCAAUCCUUUCCAACUCUCACAACCCCGUAAAUUACCACAGACUAAAAGCACCAGUCUUUCUGAGAAUUCUAUGGUGCUUGAGAAAUAGUAAUAGACUAGUUAUUAGAAAAUGUGCAGCAGACCAACUUUUCCAAGAGCCAUUAUUUGGAAGCCAUCAUUUUCUUUCUUUCUGGGUCACAAGCUUUAUGUGUAGGGAGGUUUUUCAUAUGGCAUUAAAACUUUGUUGUUGCUCAGGAGGGCUUUAUUUCUUGUUUUUGUGUUUAUUUCAGCUUUUCAGAGAAGUAAUUGCCAAUUAAUUUUUGAAGACCUCAUUUUCAUAUCAUGAACUGCUUCCAUUCUCUUAAUGUAAUCAGAAAUCCAAGUCAAUUUUAGAGUGCUUGAUAAGAUUUAAAUGGAAAUUAUUUUAAGGAUGAACUAUAAUUUAUUAGCACUGAAAAUACAUAUUUAGUUUAUUACCUAUAUUGAGCUAAUGGCUGGAAAUUCAGAGCAAUGCUUUUCCAAGUUGAAGUUCUGAAAUCAUAGAAUGUUCAAAAACCAGGACAAUCCACCAUGUUUUAAAACUGCUCAACACUUGAUUGAACUUAAAAUGAGCAGAGCCACAUUAUUUCAAUGAAUGUUUGUUUUACUCUGAAAAACCAAAAGUACAAAGUUCUUAUAUAGUAGAGCCACUGGUUUUCAAGUAGAUUUGGCAAAUGAGAACUGCUUGAAUCUUAAGGAUAGUUUACAAAUUGAUCAGUAGUUGCUUUUUGGAAUUAUUAGCACAAGUAGGUAGUUAGUAAGUACCUAGGAAUCAAUUUUUGUAGUCUUGGCUUCACUAUACUGAAAAGACUCCUCAUGAAAAUGUUGAAGAGAAUAAGGAAUAAUUUUUCUCAUUUAGUUCUGCUGCACAUAUUCUGAUGCCACAUGUCUGUACUGAACUAAGACCAUAUGAUAUGUGUUUAGUGGGGAUUAUUUGACAUAGUCACCCACUAUAUCCCUAUGUUUGCCUGAUUUUCUAGAAAUUUCCCUUUCUGGAUUAUACUACUAAAACAGAAAGCACUGGUUAUGUAAUAAGUUACUGCAUUGCUUUGGUUGGGUAAAAGCAAGAGUUUGUAUUUUUCUUGUUUCUUAUUUUCUUAACCCUUAACUCCUGCUGAGGUCAUAACCACCUCAGUCUAAGCUCUGUGUCUAUCGAACUGUUAAAUGAAACAAAUGGGGGGUAAGGGAGGGGGGAGGGUAAUACAGUCCUGCCAUUGCCUACCAGUAGGAGAGUCCAAACAGAACACUCUUUUGAGUAGCAAUUAUUUAAUUUGCCCAGUCAAGGCACCGUGUUUAUAUACUAUUUCACAUUGAAUUUGAUUAUGCCCUACAGACCUGGCUGGUCAAGGAUUUGAUAUACACAUAUUGGCUUGGGAUUCGAGCUUUCUUUUUUAUUUAAAUAAAAAUUUAUAUAUAUAUAUUAUAUAUAUACAUAUAUACAUAGCUAUAUCUGUAUAUAUAUUGGGUAUGUUUUAUGGAUUUUUUCGCAUGAGCGCAGCUGUUGCGAUAAAAUGACUGAUUGGGAGGUAGAAGCACUGAAUGAAGACGAGGCAUUUUAUCAGUUGAUAUCCAUAUUUUCCUAUUUUUUAAAAAUACAUUUGCUUUUUUGCCUUUUUUCGUUUGUUUUAUUUUGCUUAAAACCCUCUUACAUUUACUAUUUAAGUACUUAUUGUUUUUGGGAGGAGGAGCAGAGAAAUUUUAUGUCUGACAGAGUCCUGAGAUUUUUAAUUUCUCUCUCUAACCAUAAAAGGCAACAUUCUUGGCCUCUAACCUUCUGUAGGCAGAUUUGGGCAGAUCUUAUUUCUUCUUUGGACAUGUUAGAUAAUUCCUAAGUUUUAGGAGCAGUUGGUUCAGUUUGGAAUUCAGAAUGAUUCUGGUAUUAAAAAGAAAUGUAUGGGUGUUGAUUUUGUUGAAAUAUGGAGUAAAAGUAAAAUUACAUUUUGGGUAUCUUUUGAAACCCCUAAUAACUCAACUUUUGCUGUUCUUGUUUAUUUCAUUCAAAUACACUCAUUCUUUCACCAUUUUGAUUUUGUAAGCUAGGUAGAAAGAGGGAUUGAUUUAUAUUUUCCUAUUCUGAAUAAAACCAGAAAAGCUACUGUUUUGAACUGACUUAAAAUAGUCUCUCUUUUUAAGGUAUUUUCAUGGAGUGAGGAUGGGGGAUCUCUUAAAUUAUAGCCUUAAUUCUAGCUAUACCUCUCUAAGACCCCACCCUUGAGAGGAAAUCUAGGUGGGUAGAACAGCAAGAGGAAGGUGUGUGUGCCUGUAACUCAUCUAUUUAAGAUUAGUUUUUCUGCCUUACCUCAUGGAAAUUCUUACAACUUUUCCAGUGCUCAUAAGCAGUUUUAGGAAUUCAAUAAAACCUCCAAAAAAUUUGUUUUUCUCUUACUUUCUUUUCCUUUUCCCUGUGACAUUUUUUAUCAUAUGAUGAGCCUAUAAUGGUAAACGGCCUGUUUUGGCAAAACUGUUUGACUUUUUAACUGCUUUUUUCUUAAAAUCUGUGAAAGAUAUUGACUUUUCUGGCUUCUUAGAUUUAUUCCCAGAAACAGUUAAAUGAUGAAGCCAGUCAGAUAGGAAAUACCAUCUUUAGGCUUUUUACUUAUUCAGAUGUUAAUUUCUUCUGAAUUAAAAGGCAAUACUCAGACAUCUCAGAUGAAAAUGAACACUUUUGAAGGGUUAAGGUAGGAGUAAUAAGCAUUGCUUUCAGUUCUGUUUGGAUAACACCAUAAUUUUAUUAUAACCAGAGUAUAAAAGUACUUUGACCUUUUCUUUAUUCAGUGGGUCUUAGGAACAGGGUAGAAGAACUGAGAAUAAGAUAUCUAGACUCAAUUUUCUGACCGGUAUGUAGUUUUUUCUCCUUGCUUAUAGAUAUUGCCAUAAGUUCAGUAGCUGCCGUGUCUUGGGUAAUUUACAGAGGCUGAUGUGACCAAAGAUCCAUUCCUUGUUACUUUUCUAAUCAAAAGAAAAAUUAGUCAUAGGUUUCUAGUAAUAUUCAAAUAGUAAGACACUAUUUUUAAUACCAGCUACAAAUACUUAACUACUCAGAAUGUAUAAAAAUAUAUUUCAUACAGCAUUAAUAUGGCUAAUUUCCUUCUCCCAUUUUAUUUCCCUUUCCUCCUAGUCUUUCCCUUUUUUUUUUUUUUGGUCUGAAAGACCUGAAAUUGAUAUGAGUCUCAUUUGCUAUCUUGAAUAUGUAACUCCUUCGGAUUUUCCAUAGGUCUUCAAAGUUGGAGCUCAAAGUUUGUUUUUGUUUUUCUUUUUUCUCUGGCCCUUAUCUGUCUUGCGAAUUCCCCUUGAUUUACCCACUGCCCUCCCCAAUCUGCAACAGUGACAGUUUGCUGCCUCAAAACAGAGCAUUCAAAUGAAUUCGCUUAGCCAAUAACUUCUGUGAAGUUGCCUUUUCUAAUGGUGUUAUUACUCAGUGAUGCACAAAUGUGGUAUUUGCCCUACUGGUAGGCAAAACAAAGGUCUGGUUAGGAAUGGUAACCUGCUGUUUUCUUUAAAGGAGAGCCAAAGACUUGUGCUUUACUCUGUUUUGGUUUGGGAGGAAAUAGUGGCCAUUUUGAUUGUGAAACCUCUUAGUAUUCGUGAGUUGAUUAUACUGUGUAGGGAGAUGUAUCCAAAGUUAACUCUUAAAGUUAGCUGGCCUUAUAAAAUAUAAAAGUAAUGAAAAUCCAUCAGUUUUUCUAAAACCAUGAAUGUCAUCUUUUACAUCUUUUGUAUGUAAGCAGUUCCUCCCCCCAUAUACUGAGAUUGUCUUGUCAUGAUAGUUUGUUAUAUUUUUGUUAUUUUACUUGUGCCUAUAGGACAGUCUACUGUCACUAUGAUCAAGUCUUGGGACUGAGUAAAAGAAUCCGUGAACAUGUGAUUGGUGAAAGAUAAUUAACUGUAGUCAGUACCUGUUAGAUUAUAUUCAGAUUCAGAGAAAAAGAGAUUCUUUUCACUAAAGAUAGAGAGUACUCGGUUGCUAAUGCUUAUAUACAAAUGGUGAUAGAUGGAGAUCUAACCAUCUCUUUUCUGCUUUCUUUUUGCUCAUUUUAAAGAGUUGAGUAAAGGUUUCAUGUAUAAACUCUGUCUGUGAAAAGCACUUGUAAUGUUUUAUAUGUCAUUAAAAGGCCCAGUUACUUUUUAGGGGAAAUUAAGAA